AUGGGCGACCAGGAGGCUCUGCGGAAGAUCAUCACCCUGGCCGUGAAGAAUGAGGAGAUCCAGAACUUCAUCUACUCCCUCAAGCAGAUGAUGCAGAAUGUGGAGGCCAACUCGUCGCGGGCGCAGGAGGACCUGGAGGGCGAGUUCCAGUCGCUGUACGCGCUGCUGGACGAGCUGAAGGACGAGAUGCUGAUGAAGAUCAAGCAGGACCGCGCCAGCCGCACCUACGAGCUCCAGGCCCAGCUGGCAGCGUGUGCCAAGGCGCUGGAGAGCUCGGAGGAGCUGCUGGAGGCGGCCAACCAGGCCCUGGGGACGGCCAACCAUCACGACUUCCCCCAGGCUGCCAAACAGAUCAAGGAUAGCGUGACGAUGGCACCCGCCUUCCGCCUCUCGCUCAAGGCCAAGGUGAGCGACAACAUGAGCCACUUGAUGGUGGAUUUUGCCCAGGAACGCCGCCUGCUCCAGGCCCUCGCCUUCCUGCCAGUGCCCAGCACCCCCGAGAUCGACCUGGCGGAGUCGCUGGUGGCCGAUAACUGUGUGACGCUGGCCUGGAGGAUGCCCGACGAGGACAGUAAGAUUGACCACUACGUGCUGGAGUACCGCAGGACCAACUUCGACGGGCCACCCCGCGCCAAGGAGGACCAGCCCUGGAUGGUGGUCGAGGGCAUCAAGGGCACCGAGUACACCCUCACCGGACUGAAGUUUGACAUGAAGUACAUGAAUUUUCGGGUACGGGCAUGUAACAAGGCUGUGGCGGGCGAGUUCUCCGAGCCGGUCACUUUGGAAACGAAAGCGUUCAUGUUUCGGCUGGACGCCAGCACGUGCCACCAGAACCUGCGGGUGGAGGAACUCAGCGUGGAGUGGGACGCCACGGGUGGCAAGGUGCAGGACGUCAAGGCGCGCGAGAAGGAUGGCAAGGGCAGGACGGCUUCGCCCGCCAACUCGCCUGCCAGGGUGGUGCAGUCGCCCAAGAGGAUGCCCUCGGGGCGUGGGGGCAGAGAUCGCUUUACCGCUGAGUCCUACACGGUUCUGGGUGACACGCUGAUCGAUGGCGACGACCACUACUGGGAGGUGCGGUACGACCGGGACAGCAAAGCUUUCGGCGUGGGGGUGGCGUAUCGCAGCCUGGGCAAAUUCGACCAGCUGGGCAAGACCUCGGCCUCCUGGUGCCUCCACCUCAACAACUGGCUGCAGGUCAGCUUCAGCGCCAAGCAUGCCAACAAGGCCAAGGUGCUGGACGUGCCCGUGCCCGACUGCAUCGGUGUCUACUGCAACUUCCACGAAGGGUUCCUGUCCUUCUACAAUGCCAGGACCAAGCAGCUGCUUCACACCUUCAAGGCCAAGUUCACGCAGCCGGUGCUGCCCGCCUUCACGGUCUGGUGCGGCAGCUUCCACGUCUCCUCGGGCUUGCAGGUGCCCAGCGCGGUGAAAUGCCUCCAGAAACGCAACAGCACGGCCAGCAGCUCCAAUGCCAGCCUGCCCUAGAGCCGUGCCCCCCCCUCCGUGGGCACCCCCCAGGCAAGAGCACUGAACGUACCCCUACACCCUCCCCAACCCCCCCCCCCCCCAAUACGCUGCACUGGCAGGGCUGUGCCAGCCCCCAGAGCGAGGGUGCACCAGCACCCACAGCCCCGCCAGUUGAACCUCCCACCGCCCCCCCCCCACUCUGUGCCACCCCCUCCGCAUCGCUGGCACUGGGCUGGGCACGUCGCCCCUCACCAUCGAGAGCUGCUUCUGGCCUGAAGAAUAAAUUGGGAUGUAGGUGUGA